UGCAGGGCCAAUGUUACGCACCCCCCACCUUCCAUGGAUUCGGAGAACUGGGAUCCUAGUAGCCUCUGAGGGCGGGGCCGCCUGUUUCGGGGACGCUGCGUUCUCCCUGGACCUGGACCCGACUGCACUGAGUGUAGGAGGUUGAGGACUUUGGCACUGCGGGCCUCCGGAGCCUAGAGGUGACCGACGCGACUGGGCUGGGCUGAGUGGCUGGGCCAAACACGUGACGCUCCCAGCCUGCCUUCUGGGCUUCUGGGCGCCUGAGGCUGAAAUUGGCGUUUGCCUCUGGUAGGAAAAUGAACUUGUCGGUUUCCGCCUGCAUCAGACCCUCAACCCAAAGGAGCGGGGGAUUGCGGUAGCAUUUUAACUUGCUAUCUCAGGAAUCUGACAGCGAAAGGCCAGGCAAGCUGAACACAUCAAGCAAAACGCCCUAAAGGGAGGUCAGAGUAAGGUUUCCGUCCACUCCCAGCUCACCUCCCGGGACGCCCAGAGUCUCUCCCCACCGCUUAGCUCCAGGCUCUCUCCCAAGGCGUCACUUGGGAACGUGGACCCCGCCUCCCGGUGACGUCACGGCGUUCGCAGCCCUCGCGCGGAAGAAAGGAUGCUCUAGGAUGCUGUCCAGGUGGGCGGCCGCGCUGCGCGAUGCGGCACUGCAGGGGUAUAAUUUUCACUGAGUAAAAUAUAUGGGUCUUACUUUAGCUGCUUUCGACAGAUCAGAACAGAACAGUACCAGUAGCCCAGUGGGUCCCCAUCUUGGCCCACAACCACCACUUUGCUUCUGGUAUAAGUAGUAUGGUCAGUGCAGGAGGGAUGAGUGGCUCCGUAAACCUGAUGGAUUUCCUUGAUGAGCCAUUCCCUGAUGUGGGGACUUAUGAGGACUUCCACACCAUUGAUUGGCUGAGGGAAAAGUCACGGGACACUGACAGACACAGAAAGAUAACCAGCAAAAGCAAGGAGUCCAUCUGGGAGUUCAUCAAGGGCCUGCUGGACGCCUGGUCAGGAUGGGUAGUGAUGCUGCUUAUCGGGCUGCUGGCGGGCACCUUGGCUGGUGUCAUAGAUCUUGCUGUCGACUGGAUGACUGAUCUGAAGGAGGGUGUCUGCCUGUCUGCCUUCUGGUACAGCCACGAGCAGUGCUGCUGGACCUCCAAUGAAACCACUUUUGAGGACAGGGACAAGUGUCCUCUGUGGCAGAAGUGGUCAGAACUGCUGGUGAAUCAGUCAGAGGGUGCCAGCGCUUACAUUCUGAAUUACUUAAUGUACAUCCUGUGGGCAUUGCUGUUUGCGUUUUUGGCCGUCUCACUGGUGCGCGUAUUUGCACCAUAUGCCUGUGGCUCUGGUAUACCCGAGAUAAAGACCAUUUUGAGCGGCUUUAUCAUCAGGGGCUACUUAGGGAAGUGGACCCUGCUGAUUAAGACAGUCACCCUGGUGCUGGUUGUAUCCUCUGGCCUGAGCCUUGGGAAAGAAGGACCUCUGGUGCAUGUGGCUUGUUGCUGUGGCAACUUCUUCAGCAGCCUUUUCUCCAAGUACAGCAAGAAUGAGGGAAAGAGGCGUGAGGUGCUUUCGGCUGCAGCUGCUGCUGGGGUCUCUGUGGCCUUUGGUGCUCCCAUUGGGGGUGUGCUGUUCAGCCUGGAGGAGGUCAGUUACUACUUUCCCUUGAAGACCUUGUGGAGGUCAUUUUUUGCAGCCCUGGUGGCAGCCUUCACACUGCGAUCCAUCAACCCCUUUGGGAACAGCCGCCUGGUUCUCUUUUAUGUGGAAUAUCACACUCCCUGGUACAUGGCUGAACUCUUUCCCUUCAUCCUGCUUGGGGUUUUUGGAGGCUUGUGGGGAACCCUCUUCACUCGCUGCAACAUCGCCUGGUGCAGGAGGCGCAAAACCACCAGGCUGGGGAAGUACCCAGUGUUGGAGGUCAUUGUGGUGACCACCAUCACCGCCAUCAUUGCCUACCCCAACCCGUACACACGCCAGAGCACCAGUGAGCUCAUUUCUGAGCUGUUCAAUGACUGUGGGGCCCUUGAGUCUUCCCAGCUCUGUGACUACAUCAACGACCCCAAUAUGACCCGGCCUGUGGAUGACAUUCCAGACCGGCCCGCUGGGGUUGGGGUUUACACAGCCAUGUGGCAGCUGGCUCUGGCCCUGAUCUUCAAAAUCGUCAUUACCAUAUUUACCUUUGGCAUGAAGAUCCCCUCAGGGCUCUUCAUCCCCAGCAUGGCUGUGGGAGCCAUGGCUGGCAGGAUGGUGGGGAUUGGUGUGGAGCAGCUGGCUUACCAUCACCACGACUGGAUCAUCUUCAGGAACUGGUGCAGACCUGGGGCAGACUGCGUCACCCCAGGACUUUACGCAAUGGUGGGAGCUGCAGCUUGCCUAGGUGGAGUUACCAGGAUGACGGUAUCACUGGUGGUCAUCAUGUUUGAAUUAACGGGUGGUCUGGAGUACAUUGUGCCCCUGAUGGCGGCGGCCGUGACCAGCAAGUGGGUGGCAGAUGCCUUCGGGAAAGAGGGCAUCUACGAGGCCCACAUCCACCUGAAUGGGUACCCAUUUCUCGAUGUGAAGGAUGAGUUCACCCACCGCACCCUGGCCACCGACGUGAUGCGGCCCCGGAGAGGAGAGCCUCCGCUAUCCGUGCUCACCCAGGACAGCAUGACCGUUGAGGAUGUGGAGACGCUCAUCAAGGAGACAGACUACAAUGGCUUCCCCGUGGUGGUCUCCAGAGACUCUGAGCGCCUCAUUGGGUUCGCUCAGAGGAGAGAGCUGAUCCUCGCAAUAAAGAACGCCAGACAGAGGCAGGAGGGCAUUGUAAGCAAUUCCAUCAUGUACUUUACGGAGGAGCCUCCUGAACUGCCAGCCAACAGCCCGCACCCCUUGAAGCUGAGGCGCAUCCUGAAUCUCAGCCCUUUCACAGUCACAGACCACACCCCCAUGGAGACAGUGGUGGACAUCUUCCGGAAGCUGGGGCUCCGCCAGUGCCUGGUGACUCGGAGUGGGAGACUUCUUGGCAUCAUCACAAAAAAGGAUGUUUUGAGACACAUGGCCCAGAUGGCAAACCAGGACCCUGAAUCCAUCAUGUUUAAUUAGCAACAAGGUGGCAAUUAUUUUGAGAAAAAACAUUGACUAUAUCAUUUUAAAAUAAGUAAAUAAAUCAAAGAUCAUGCACUGGCAGCAGCAGAAACAAAAGCUUCCUUUGAAAGGAGGGGAAGAAGGAUGAAAUCUUUUUUUUUUUCAAAGCAAAACCAUCAAUGUAGACAUUUUAUAGCUUUAACCCCUUAUGAGUUUCAAGUCGCAUUUCUUAAUGAGUUUGCUAACUGCCUUGGGGGCAUAUGGGUGGGUGUGAGUGAUGUGGUUUCUAGGAUGACAUGGAACACGAGUGCUGCGUGGAGAACCUCUGGCCUCGUCUGCUCAAGGCUGAUGUUGGUAACUUCGGAACACAUGUGAAGCUUUGAGUCCAAGGGACAAAGGGGUACUGGCAUGGCAAUGUCCUUAUUUAUUGAUUCUUGAAAUUUUGCUGCUAUGUUACUGAAUCAUACUAAAGACAGAGUGACGGCUGCAAGCCUACCCCAGUGGGUCUGCUCACGACCGUCCCAUUUCUUGCUCCUGUUCUCAGCCCAUUACCCAGUGUUUUGCUUAUUUAUCCAGUUUUGAGCCAACAUCAUGGGUGCUUGCCAUGAUGACCUGGAAGAAAACAUUUCACUACGUCAGACCAAAACCUUGGGACUGACCAGCACCUUGGGCCUGGACGAUGAACUACUAAAGCAUGUUGUAUUGCAUGUUGUUUUCUCUCAGAUGAGAGGCUGCAUCCUUAUCUUGAGGGACAUACACCCAAGUAUUGAUUUACAUCCCCAUUGCAUUUGCUUCAUUUGCUUAUUACUGUUGCCUGUGCAUUCUUAAUAAUUGAUCAGUCCAGCACUUUACAUGGGUUGUGGCCUGUAUGCACUCUGCUUGCCACAAGUGUGUUUUAAUUUCCCAGUAGCAUAUGCAAGAGUCAAAACUGGCUCCCUACUGUUUCUACUUAUUUUUCCUAUGACUGUGAAGGGGAUGAGGCAUACAAGUUCUCAGUGGGAACUCCUCCAAAUGGACUGGAAGAGAAAUACUAAAUUGAUUCUAACUGUUCCAUUCUCUUCUCUGUAGGAUGCAAAAUGUCCACUUUUAAUGUAUCUAGCAUGCCCUUUCAUACUAGCAAUCACGGGACAGGACACAGUUCAAUUUCAUACAGCCCAUUUAAACAUUGGGCAUUUGUAUUUGAUGUAAUGAUGCAGUUAUUCUUUUCAUCAGGACUCUGUCUUUCCUGCAGGGAGGAACUAAGCUAUGUUUUAGGCCCCUUCUAUGAUUGGUAUGAUUUAUCCUACUUGCCUCUUUACUUUAGUCUUUAUCCUUCCCCUUUCCCAGAAUCAUCCUCAUCUUUUUCAGUCUCAUUGCCAUUGAAUAUUGAUGUUUCAGGUUUGUGUGCACCUGACUGCAAAUAAUAGGAAAUCCAACAAGUAGUGAAGGGCUGAAUAAGAAACCUGGGAGAGAGGCACCCCAGGACUGUCUCCAUAAUAUCAACAGGGACCCAAACUCUUUGGCAUUUCUUUUCUAUCAUCCUCAUCCUCUGCCUUUGACUUAUUGGCUCAUAGUUGCAAGGUGGUGGCUGAACCUCCCAGUAUCAUGUUUGCUUUUUAAGUGGGAAAAAGAAGAAGGAGGCGAUUAACAAGUUCCAAUGUCUGUAUCCGGAGAGCAGAGCUUUCCCCAACAUGUUCAGCUGCACCAGUUGGUUAGAAUUCUGUCACUUGUUUCCCUAUGCCUACAAGCGAGCCUGGGAAGGAGAUGUUUUACCUAGGCACAUUUCUCUCUGAAUGAAAUCUAGGUUUUCCUGGUAAGAAGAGGGAUUGGUUCUUGGGAGGAGAAUAUAUCUGCCAUGUGAAAUCCCAUCAUUGUGCCCGUGUCACUGCCCUGUGUGUCUUCCUUACUCUUUCAUUACUUCCUUGCUCCUCCAAACAUUCUUCUAAGCACCUUGUUUCCCACCUUUUAUCUCAGAUUGACAUAGAAUGCCUAAUUAGAAUCUAUCAUUUCUUAGCCCUAAUGAGAAUUUUCAUUUUGAUAGAAACUUAGCUACAAGUGGGUUUCUAUUAAAAAUUCUAGUUAUAGCGCCGGGGAUUUAGCUCAGUGGUGCCGCCGCCUGCCUCGCUAGCACAAGGUCUCGAGUUUGAUCCCUGGUACCAAAAGAAAAAAAAAUUCUAGUUCUAAAAGGAUACGUGCUCUCUGGAUUAAAAUAUUUAAGUCAGAUCAUGCUGUCAACUAUGGAAAAUUUGUUUCCGUUACCAAUUGCUUCCCUCCAGAUUAACAUGAAAUAGCCACAUCAGCAAGGAAAUAUCCAGUCAAUGGAGAAUUGCAACUUUGGUCUUACAAUGAAAUUUGUUGUCUCAUUCAUAGCACAAAUAUUAUUUUUGGUACCGGGGAUCGAACUCGGGACUGUGCGCUUGCGCGGCAGGCGCUGGAACCACUGAGCUAAAUCCCCGGCCCCAUAGCACAAAUAUUAAACAGUAGAUCUUAGUGUUUUUAUUGGGGUUUCCACAGGACAUGUGGAGUUGGAGCAGGAUUCCCCUGGACAAUAAAUCCUAAAGUUUUAAAGUUUACCUCAUUUAGUUUCCCUCAUAUUCCCACGUGGCUCUCCUCAAAGCUGGCCGGUAACAGGAAAGAGUAUUUGUCAGAGCCUGGCCUCAUAAUCCGGGAGGCCCUUUUAGCUGAAACAGGUAGCUUCACAGAGAGCAGAAAACAGUGGACAGGUAGCCAAAGGUCAGCGAGACCACAGAAUUUUCUUUUAACCUAGUGAGGCCAUGGAAGGGGCUAUGGUUUACUCCAGGCCAAGGGCACCAAGAGGGAAAUGGAGAGCUGUGGCCUUCUCCCAGUGCUCAGUGCACAGAUGUUCUGGGCUGUAUGGGAAGCCUUUGCAAGAAUGACUUCGGAAAUAACCCAGUCUUCUUUUCAUUGCAAGUUGAUCCUGGAGUCUGGUGUGGGGUUUGGGCUUUCCUCCAUAGGAAGACGGUCAGAUAGGCAGGUGAAGGUCAAGGGUGGGGACUCUGUAGUCGGGACUGCUACAGUUAAUGGGCUUCUUCCCAAGGAGUCCACCUUAGCCACGUGGUCCACCCUGGCUAAGGCCUCAGCCGAGCUCCAGAGGGACACUGGCUAGCUCUUGGUCACUGUUGUAAAAGUACCUAGGUGGGAUUCUGAGGGUGUUUGCUAGAUCCUGGUGCAGAAUUUCCAUCCACUUUACCUGGUGGGAGGUGAAAUAAAUAUAUUUCUGAACAA